CCGCAGCGGCCGAGGAUGGAGCCUGCCGGUAUGGAUUAUUUCUGCGAGCAGGUACAGCAGAAGGACGUGGGCCGCAGGAUGCAGAUCGGCCAGGAGCUGCUGGAGUACCUGAGCGACCCGGUGAGGUCCUCCGAUCUGGAGCAGGACCAGCAACGCCUCGACAAAGUGAUCGACGAAUUAACAGGAUGGGUCAACUCUAGUAAUUUUAAGGUAGCAUUACUGGGAUUAGAUGUUUUAUUUGCCUUUGUCGACAGACUAUCAGGACGCUUUAAAUCCUAUAUAGGAACUGUUCUCCCACCUUUGAUAGAUCGUAUGGGAGACGCCAAAGACCAAGUUCGAGAGCAAGCACAGAAUCUUAUAUUGAAAUUGAUGGACGAAGCAGCACCACCUAUGUACAUUUGGGAACGCCUUGCUGUUGGUUUUAAACACAAGAAUUACCGAUCCCGAGAAGGAGUGUGUUUGUGUCUUAUUGCUACCUUAAACAUUUACGGUGCACAACCAUUAAUUCUCAGCAAGUUGGUACCACAUCUGUGUACAGCGUUUGGUGACUCGAAUAGUCAGGUGAGAGAUGCUGCCAUAGUAGCCAUUGUAGAGGUUUACAGACAUGUGGGAGAGAAAGUACGAAUAGAUCUUACAAAAAGAGGAAUUCCUCCUGGAAGGUUGCAAACAAUCUUUGCAAAAUUUGAUGAAGUAAGAAACUCUGGAAAUAUGAUUUUAAGUAGCAUCGGUG